AUGAAGAAAAACAACAAAAAGUUGGAUGAUCAAGAUGCUCAUCCAAAGACAAAUGAACAAGAUUCCCAUCCAAAGACCGAUGACCCAGUUGCCCAACUCAACCCACAGCCUCACCCCCCUGGAAAUAUUAAAAAGAAGAUGGAUGGAGGAGAGUAUGCUCCUUUUGUAGCUCCUCCCACAUUAGAGAGCAAUUUCAUUCAGGUCAACAGGAGAGGUGAAUCCAUUUACCUUCAUAACCGAGCCAACUGGGUGACCGUAGGCAUGUGUUCUUCCAGUCCCACUAACAAGAUCCCCAACAUGAUGCUGCUGGCGUAUCUGACAUCUGGUACUGAAAAAGAUAAGGGACCCUUCUUCAAAAGUCUCCUGACAUCACCACCUCCCUCUAAAGCAAAGCUGGUUCUUACCAGGUUUCUCCCUCUGCAGUUUUUGACUCUUUCUGUGCAUGAUACUAAGAAUUUUCGCCUCAAAGUAAAGCUAGUAAGUGGCCGUGUCUACUAUUUGCAGCUCAGUGCCCCUGUAAACAAACAGGAGGCCUUAUUUUCCCAAUGGGUGGACCUCAUCUCUGUCCUGGAUCAGGAGAAAGCUAAAGCCCCCAAAGUAUCAGAAGGCUCCAGCACCUCUGAAGUCACAAACAGCACGGAAGCCACAGGCUCAGGGGACAUCAUGGAUAUUACAACGUGCACGGGUCUGCAGAGCCCCUUCCUGUACACGUAUACAGACCCCUCCCACGUAUCAGGGAGCAUAGAUUUCUCAGAAACCACCGACAUCACUGAUGUCACCGAUGUCACUGACAUUCCAGAAAGUGAGCACCCAGAAAUGCCAGAUGUAAGAAUUGUCACAGAAGUCACAGAAGUUGUAGACACCACAGAAGGCACAGAGAUUCCUGAUAACAUGAAUGUCUCAGAGGUCACGGUGGUAUUUGAAAAUGAUGACAUAAUAAGGGCAAAACAAGAGGAGAAUGAAAAUAUCUUGAAACAUGGAUGUCUACGAAAUACAAAAAGUAAAACUGAAAUAAGGGACACAAAACAUGUUACCAUCUCAAAUAUAACACUGACUUUCCAAGGUGAAAAAUGUUUUCAGACUACACUGACUCCUCCAAAACAUGAAGAAAAGAAACACAAAGAUGACAUCCCUGAAGAAAAGAGAGCUGAUUUUAAAAAGAAAGUUUCCAAGGCUGCAGAAUCUAGGCAAGCCAGCUGUCAAGUCCUAAAACGAGGACCAAAUGACAAGGAAAUAAAGCCUCCAGUCAACAGCUGCGGGAGUGAGACUUCAGUGAAACCACACCUUAUUGGAAACCUAGCCUCCAGUCCCAGUGUCCCUACUAGAUAG